CCGUGCGACAGGGUGUUGGCAUGGCAUCUUCAGAAGUCAACUCUGAUCUUAUGUAGAUCUUAUGGCAAGGCUAUGCCUACGAGGUGCACAGGCUGCCCGUGGUGAAGGCGGCCGAGAAAUGCUUAUAUCUCGGCCUUUGGUUAUACUCGCUGCAGCUUCUGUGCUGAGUUCUUGGGGAUGGAUUCACAGAAUACUCUGGAUUUGAUUCAAACGGCCUUGGAUGUGCAAUUUCGAUAUGCAAAGGGACCUGUGCCAACUGAUCUUUUUGAGCAUCCUCGUUGGGAAAUGAGCGCUGCGCAUGCAGGUAUCCUGACUGGUCUCAAAAAUUUAUAUGAGCUGGCUCCCAGUGUACCAGAAGACAAGAAAAUUGAUUUUGCGGGAUAUUGUCUACUAUGGGUCUCCCUCAUUCAACUUCACCACAACUUCGAAGAAGAACAUUUCCUCCAUCAUUACCCCGAGGCUUUCGAGCACAAGGCAGAUAUCCUUUCAGAGCACCAGAUUUUCCAUGAUGGGAUUGAACACAUAAAGUCGUACCUCUUGGGUUGCCUACCUUUAGGGACGAAAUGGGGAUUUUUUGGAGAAGUUGUUGCGGAAGAUCCAUCUCGGGCUCAGUCACAAGCGACAACAUUUGACGGCGCACAUCUAAGGACCCUUGUUGACGCAUUCGCUGGACCAUUGACAACUCAUCUCCAAGCCGAAAUCGGAUACUUUGCGCCCGAGUCGAUCAAGGCAGCUGGAAUGACGGAGGAAAAGAUAAAACAGAUGGGCAAAGAUACGCAAGAGAUGAUUAAGAAGAUACCGCUUCAACCAGCGUUCGUGUAUGCGGUGUACCACACUGCUCCUGGCAUUGAAUUUCCUCCGUUGCCGCGUUUCAUCACGAAGUUCCUGGUACCUUGGGUGUUGCAUUGGUCUGGGACUCAGGUGCGUGGAUGGCUCCACCCCCAACAGCGACAGUGCCACUGAUCUCUAAUCUACUCCGGUUUGUCGUGGUCCUUGAAUCCGCAGUAUUGGCAAUUCCGCCCCAAGUGGUGAUUGCCUUCAUUGAUGGCCUCGAAUUUAUGUUAGUUAACACUGUGUGUCAGCCACCCGUUCCAAUUUUCUGUUGCCUUCUGCCGCGCUCAGCACCUUAUAAAUUACUUUUGUGACUCUGAUUACGCAGGACCCGCCACACGGUUAUGACUCCAUUCUCCAUCUCGGCAU